AUGGCUAGUUUGUUGUUGGUGAGUUGGAUGUCGGUUAAUGGAGUUAGUGGCGGCAGUAAUUUUAAGAAAUGCCUAAAUGAUAAUGAGUAUAGUUCUUCGGUGGAUAUAUACAAUCAAGUUAAUGCUUUUGCCGGCAAGAUACCUAGCGGAGGAAGUUUCUGUUGCGAUCUUGAACCAAAAUGUUCCCUAAUGAUGCCUGAAUGUCCACUCGGAACUCCUAAUGUCUAUAUUCAAUGUAAUGAUGUUGGUAAUUCUAAGUUUUGUGCUUCUUAUGCCCUCAGUUUUCUUCCAGGAGGUGUAUGUGGUGGCAUUUUAGGAGAUAAUCUUUCUCAAAAUAUAAAAAUUGGUGUGUGUCCUGAUCCAAAGUCAGUAAUAAGCACUUUAAAAAGUCAAAGUUCUACUCCUGAUUUUAGGUCAAAAAAUGAAGGUGAAUCAGCAAAAACUGAUUGUGCUACUAGUCAAUACAGUUUAAUUCCAAUUGGCAAUUGCAUUUUACAGGCAAUGUUACCUAGUUCAAGCGGUUCUAACCCUCCAACUAAGACAUUUGAUAUACCAACCUCUUCUUCAACUAAAGUUCCUGCUGAAAGUAAUGGAAAUGAUAAUGGACUUAGCAAGUCUGAUAAAAUUGCUCUCGGAACUAGCAUUCCCUCAUUUUUUUUAACAGCAUUCGAACCAAAUGUAUUAGGCGAGGGAGUUUCAGGAGUAAAUAAUCAAAGGCAACCACAACAUCAGGCUCAAAUAGAGGUCAAUCCUUACUACAAUAAUAAUCCCUAUUAUAACUAUGGUCAAGGAUGA